CAUACAAGUGGGACCCACCCCCCACCGAAAUCAAAGAGACAGAGAGAAAUUAGCGUGAGACGCGCUUUCGAUUUUACUUUCCAUGUGACGCCACCCCAUUAUAAUUCACUCUCCCAGCUUUCCCAUUCAAACUAAAAUGGCGAAAUUCUUGCUUCUCCUCCUUGCUGCUUUUGUUGCGUCCGCUUCUGCCGCCCAUUUCGCUAGCGACUCAUUUCUUCUGCAGGGUUGUGUUUACUGCGACACCUGCCGCUGCGGCUACGAGACUUCAGCCUCCAAAUACCUUGCUAAUGCUGUUGUGAGAGUGGAAUGCAGAAGCAGGGGAAAAAACUCCGAACUUACGUACACUAAGGAGGGCGUGACGGACUCAGCUGGAAAAUACAAGAUCCUAGUGGAGAGCGACCGAGCAGAUGACUUCUGCGAUGCAGUGCUUGUGAAGAGCCCAGAUCCCGAAUGCAGCACCCCUGAUGCAGGCCGUGACCGUGCUCGUGUUAUCCUCACCAACAACAACGGCAUGAGCUCACGUACUCGCUUUGCCAACGCCCUAGGGUUUGUCAAGAGAACGCCCCUGGCUAGCUGCCCUCAGAUCCUUCAGCAGUACCAGGAAUCUGAGGAGUAAGAAACAACUUGGUUUUAUAUUUUCAGCAUUAUAUGAUAUGUUAAAAUCUGACAAUAUGUAUGGUAAUUAUGUCUGUUUGUCUUCUCAUACUUAAUUUAGUAGUAUAUGUGGUCACUGGAUUUUGUGGCUUCUGCAGAAUUACUAUGGAUUUGUUUAUUGAUGUCAUGUUCGUUAGUUCUUCCCACAUUUGAAUUGAAUGCUUAAUUUUCCUUUA